GGCACGCGAUUUGUAGGCGCGCGCGCCGGGAAAAUCAUUCGAUCGCAUCGACCGCUUGGGUCGAACGUCGUCCAAUCGGAAAGUGUCAUCAGAACUUCUUUUUUUAAUUUCGCCAACCGACCGAUGUUUUAAAAAAUUGUUCCGUAUGAAUGAAGUGACUGUGCAAUGAAACGUCAUGAAAAAUAUAUUAAGGAUCUAGUGUAUAAUAACUGAUAACAAAAUGAGAGGGGGCCUUAGAAACUUUUCGCGGACAAUCUGAAGAUGUUAUUUAACAUGUGGGAAAGCGUUUUAUUAUUUAAAAAGACUAUACCGACAUUCGAAAUGCUGUGAUUUAAAUUGUAUAAAAUAAUCUCAUUGGUGUAUUUUUUACGCGAGAACUUGGUUCGAAAGAUAUACAAAAACCAGUCAAGAUGAUGUCUAAAAAGCAAUUAGCGUGUAUGCUCGCACUGCACAUCGUGUAUCUAUUAGUCGGUGCCAGCAUAUUCUAUCACAUCGAGAGCCCCCUGGAGUUGGCACAGAGAGCAGAAGAAAAACUAGAAAGACUUGAAAUCCAAAAUCUUCUCUAUGAAAAUUACAUUCCGAAUGAUCCUGAUAAACAAGACAGCAUACUACGAAAGUUAUCCGAGUACUGCGGGAAGUCCAUGUUCAACUAUACAACUGAAGAUGCUGAACCUCCAUUCAAAUGGGACUUCUACCAUUCUUUCUUCUUCUCUUACACCGUCGUUAGUACUAUAGGAUACGGCAACUUAGCACCAACUACACACCUUUCAAGAAUUCUGAUGAUAUUUUAUGGUUUGUUCGGGAUCCCUAUCAAUGGUAUCCUAUUAGCAAACCUUGGUGAAUAUUUUGGAAUGCAGCUCAUUUCAGUUUAUCGAAAAUAUAAAAGAAAAAAUGAGAAACGGGCGGACAAGUUAGACUACUUCUUCCACAACCUCGGUAUGCUUGGACAGAUCUUCCUCUACCUCGUUCCGGGAUUUCUCUUCUUUAUUUUCUUGCCGGCGUGUAUUUUUGUCGUCUUCGAGGGCUGGGAUUACGUCGCUGGGAUUUAUUACGCCUUUGUAACCUUAACUACUAUUGGAUUUGGUGAUAUAGUUGCAGGAACUGUCAACAAUGGUUUCAAGUCCGGCUAUUACUUGGCAUACCACAUAUUUCUCAUCAUCUGGAUUACAUUUGGCCUUGGGUACAUUGCAAUGCUUCUUGGUUUUAUCACGAGCGGGAUGAGAAGUGAACGAGUACACAGAUUAGAACAAAAAUUCGCAUAUCAAUUGAAGUCUACACAAAGCAAAAUCUUACAAGGAUUUACAAGAGAUAUAGCCGUUAUCAGGAAAAUAAUUAACGAGGCUAAUUUACUAAAAGUAAAGCCUGUAUACGUCGAAACUGCUCCACAUUUAUAUAGAAGUGCAAGUUGCCCUAUUCUAACAUUUGAUAUUGUACCGAGAGACCCUGUUGUUAAAAGAAAACGUGCUAAUUCUGAAAAUAUUCAACUAACUGCCAAAGACAUGCUUCGUAUUCAGUCAGAUACUGAUCUUCUUGGUAUUGACAAAGAAAAAACAUUUACGGCAUCGGCUAUUGUUAAGCCUGUUGAAUUACUUGCCAGGGUAGUGAAUGUUUUAGGUGGAUUUGAGGCCCAACGUCAAGGCAGAGGAAUCAAUAUAUUUGAUGACGAACAAAUUUUAGCAAGUGAACAACCACCACUUUUUACUAUUGGUAAAGAAUAUUUAUCCAGCGCUCCCAUGAGAACCAGGGCUCUAAGUGUAGCGGUACCAAACUAUAGAAAAGAAUCAGUGUCAAGGUUAGACCAUGAUUUCACAUGGACUAAUGGUGAUACAGCUGAAAAAUAUAGAAAAGAAGCUAAUAUACGAAGUGGAAAGCUAUCAUUACCUGCUACUGUAGCAACUAACGAAGAAAAUCAGCCAAGAAGUUUAUUCGCACGAUUAUUCAGAAAAACAAGUUCAAGUGAAAGUCCUGCUGAAUAUAUUAAAAAUACCAUGAAAGGCAGAGUCAGCAGUGCUCAAGGCUCUUCAGAAAAUGUAAAAGAGAAGUCACGGCGAGGAAGCAUUUUUCCUACUUUCGGUAUCGGAGAAGAAGAAAAAAGUGAUUUAGAUUCAUAUAAAGAAAAAACAAAACGUGGGCGUUACAGCAUUUUCCCCACAUUCGAUUUCUCAGAUGAUGAAGAUAGAGCUGCUGCCAUGACAGCUCAACAAAAACCAAAACGACACAGUAUAUUCCCAACUUUUGAUUUUAGUGAAGACGAAGACGUGAUUGCUGCUAGAGCAUACAGAGAAAAGACAAAAUCUGGUAGGCAUAGCAUAUUUCCUACAUUUGAUUUUAGUGAUCCUGACGAUGACGCAAAUCGUUAUAAAGAACGUACAAGAAGAGGUAGGCAUAGUAUUUUUCCGACAUUUGACUUUAGUGAUCCAACUAGUAAUGACGACGAUACUGUAGACGAGGAUGAGAUACAAAAAUACCAACAUCGUACUCGAAGAGGUCGGCUUAGCUUACUUCCUACAUUUGGCAAAACUAAGAAGAGUGAUGACGACACGAUGCCGGAAAGUUCGGAUGAAUUAGUUAACUAUAAGGAAAAAACACGUCACGGUCGCAGAAGUCUAUUUCCUUCAUUUGGUAAUAGCAGAAAAAUUAGCACGCCAGAACAUUGUACUAGUGACCUUGAAAGUAGCAUUAAACAAUACCAAAAGCAAACGAAAAUGGGUCGAAGUAGUUUAUUUGCAGGUGACAUUAAAAGUUAUAGACAAGCUACAGAGGGUGGUCGUGGUAGUCUAUUCUCUAAUGAUUUAGAUAAUUACAGAAAUAGAACUAGUGGUGGUCGGCCUAGUUUAUUCGACCCUGAUGUUAACAUAUCAAAUCUUCCCGAAUCAGAACAAGUAGAAGUAUUGGAGAACACAAGUGUUGCAGAUUUACUUCGUGCAUUGGCGGUUAUAGAUACAGUUACUGCUCAAAAUUCAGAAGAACAAAGUAUCGGUGAAAGUAGUACAAGGAGACGUGGAUCGCUUAGGCCUGAUUUCAAUCUACCCCCAGUACCUAGCAGAGGAGAUUUUGAAGAAUCCACUGGUCCUAGAAGAAGAAGAAUUUCAGUUCGAGCCGCGGCUCCUCAAUUUACGCCAACUUUAGCUACAGUCGUAGCUGGGGCUGAAUUGCAAAUAACGGCAGCAGCACAGAGAGAAAAUCGAAUGACAAUGUUGAUGCAACCACCUCCUCCGUACUCGGAAAGUGCAAGCGAAGUUCCACCACCAAGAACUAGAAGAUAUUCGCCAGCACCUGUGGACUCCAACAGAUCUGGAACGGCUCCAGUGCCUAGACUUUUUUCGCGAAUUAGAAAAGAAAGUAGUUCAAAUAUGGAAGAAAACUCAAGGCGAAAUAGUUUAACGGAUAUUGUUAUUGAUAGUAAUAAAAAUAAAUCGUAAACCAGUGCCUUUGAUACCAUAGUGCAAUUAAUAGUUGUUAAGUGUUUAAUUUAUUGAUUAAUCUAAGAAGCCGUCCAGCGCUUACACUGCGUUCUAGUUGUAUUCUAUUGUCAUUCCUUUUUUAAUAUUAAAUAUAUAUGAAUUAAUUUA